AUGAUUUUGAAUGUGAAAAAUAUAUGUGAACGCACUUCCGAGUCCACAGCUACAUAUGAACAGAACGGUUUUGGUGGAGUCAUGGAACGCGUUAGCAACAGCUCAUACGUCGAGGUUCUGAGUUCGUCGGAAAAAGCAUCGAUGAUACUAGCGGCAAUCUUGUUAAUGGUGACAAUCGUUGUAGGUACCAUCGGUAACAGCUUGGUAUGCGUCACUGUGUGCACAAAUCGAAAACUACGAACACCGUCCAAUUUUCAACUCGUAUCAUUGGCUAUAGCUGACACCAUGGUGUGUCUGGUGUCGGCGUCAAUUCGCUUGUAUCUAAGUAUUCGUAUUCUGACGUGCGGGUCAAACUCAGUCAACAAUUUUUCGCAAAAUACAAAUAUGGCUGUAUGCAAACUACAGGCAUUUUCUAUGUUCUCCGCGGUGAUAAUAUCUUUGGUCACCAUGGCAACUCUGAGUGUUACUCGAGCUCUCGGAAUCAGUGGUUACGUCAUGGGCGAUAGUCUGAAAUUGUUAGUACUCGUAUUCGUCAGUCUUAGUUACGGGCUAGGUGUUGUGUACGGGGCCAUAAGGGCGAUCGCAGCUCCUGACAUCACGUGCUUUCUAGUCGGACGCCAGUCUACAGUAGCGGAUAGCUCGGCAUUUCUGGGUGCUGUAAUUUUAGUGAUUAGCAUUGUUGUCGUGUUGUUGUCGUACUGCUGCAUAUGUCGGAUAAAUCGACGUCACCGUGCGUCUAUGUUGCCGUGGCUCAAAGACGCGCACCUGAACCGAAUUAAUAAACGUGACAUCGCCACCAUUCGCGUGUCGGCUACAUUGGUUGUUAGUUUCUUUCUUACGUAUCUACCUGGGGCCAUCUACUUCAUGAUGUCAUCAACAAGUGACGUAAUCACACAGAAUCCGUUUUACUUCAAUCUAACUGUCGUGUUGGUCAAUAGAGCGGCAUGUGAGCCUUUAACCGUGUCUCUUUGCUAUAGCCAUGUUGAUUUCAACACCACCGUGUUUCCUAACGAGUACGCGAACAGUCAAUCAAUCGCGGAGUCUCGAAUAUCAUCGCUUGAAUACCUCAAGACGUGUCAUGAAAAGUCAUUAUUUUUUGUCUGUAACCUAUAUGCACCUGAGUGUAUAAAUGAGGGUGAAUAUCUUCUACCUUGUCAGUCUUUGUGUGAAGAAGUAUUAGCAGUGUGCAGCGCUACAAUUGAUGGCAUAGUGUGGGAUAUUGAUUGCGAAGAUUUGCCAAAUGAUUACCGUUCAACAGUGUGUGUGGGAGGAACAGCUCCAGAAGACGAGUUUAGAUGCGACAACGGCGAGUGCAUUAACGGAGAUUAUAGAUGUGACGACACAUAUGACUGUAUCGACUAUACAGACGAGGACAAUUGUGACUGUGCCGACUACCGUUAUAUAGAAUGUAAAGGAUAUAAUGAAUGUAUCAACCCUGUAUGGGUAUGUGAUGGAACUGCUGACUGUACUGACUCAAGCGAUGAAAUCUACUGCGACAGUUACCAAAGCCCUAGUUGUUCCCAAAUGUCGUACCUUUACUGGGCGUGCAGCGAUGACUCGGCCUGUAUAUAUAAUAGUUGGCGAUGUGACGGCGUCACUGAUUGCUUAGAUUUAAGCGACGAGGCAAUUUGCGUUCCUUGCGCUGACGGAUUUACGCCGUGUUCUGAUGACGGGUUGUGUAUCCCCGAUGAGUGGGUCUGUGAUGCCUACCCGGACUGCGGGGACGGGAGUGAUGAACAGUCAUGUCCAUCUACCACAUGUGAACCCGGAAAGUUUGUGUGUGGUACUGGUUGGUGCCUGACACCAACGUGGGUAUGUGAUGGCUUCGACGACUGCGGGGACGGUUCUGAUGAAAGUGUGGCAACAUGCGAUCUGUGUACAGAUGUUCAAUUCCGAUGUGCCGAUGGUACUUGCAUAGCAAUCAGUGAGCAAUGUGAUGGCAACGAUGAUUGUGGCGACAGCUCCGAUGAAAACGACUGUACAUGCAACAGCAAUCAAUUCACCUGUGAUGACGGUAGUUGUGUGAGCCUUUCAAUGCAAUGUGAUGGAAAUAACGACUGUUCUGACGACAGCGACGAGACUGUAUGUGAAUGUGGAACCGUAACAGUGCCACUGUCGCGAAUCGUUGGCGGUAUCAACGCAGAGCUCGGCGAAUGGCCGUGGCAAGUCUCAUUACAAACGCAAGGAUCCCAUUUCUGUGGAGGCACAUUAGUUCGCCCGCAGUGGGUUGUAACUGCUGCACAUUGUGUUGUCGAUGAAGUUGCUAGCAACUUUGAGGUGCACAUGGGUAUGUCAAUGCACGCUGAAUGGGCGCAGACUGAAACACGUGUCGUUAAAGAUGUCAACCGUAUAAUCGUGCAUAGCAGUUACGACGUGGACACACAAGACUACGACAUAGCGUUGCUUGAGCUCAGUUCCGCGGUUCAACUAAAUGACUAUAUACGACUGGCGUGUUUACCGUCGUCAGAUAUGGAUUUCCCAGAUGGCAAAGACUGUUCCAUUUCUGGAUGGGGUUAUACCGAGGAAGGUGGUGAUUCACCGUAUGUUCUACAAAUGGCAUCUGUACCACUCGUAUCCAUCACUGAUUGUGCCGUACUUUUAUCUAUAACAACGAGAAUGAUAUGUGCAGGCUACCCAGAGGGUGGAAUUGAUUCCUGUCAGGGAGACAGUGGUGGACCAUUGGUUUGCUAUAUGGACGAUUCCAAGUGGUAUUUGGCAGGGGCGGUGAGUUGGGGUAUCGGAUGUGCUAGGCCGCGGAAAUAUGGAGUAUACGCACGAAUCACAUACUUCCGAGACUGGAUUGAUGGCUACAUAACAUAA